GAGGACAUCAUAAACGGCAAAAAAACCGAUGAUCCUCCCUUAAAAUAGGAAAAAGGAUAAAGACAAGGCUUUUUCUUCGAUCAAUGGAUAGAAUAGAUGAGCUUAUAAAUAGCUUGGAUUGGAAGGAGGGAUAUCAAAGCUUUCUUCCUCCAUUGAUCAUUAGUUCUCAAAGAAUUAAUUUCUAAGCUCCUUCCUCUCACCCCUUCAAUAUAAUUUCUUAAUUCUGCUUUAAAACUACUACAUAGAGAUCAAUCAUGGCAGUCGGAGAAGUAGGGAAUCCUACAAACGGAAAGGAAUACCCCGGCAAGAUGACAGCUUUCGUAUUCCUAGCAUGUUUAGUCGCCGCCACCGGUGGUCUCAUAUUUGGUUAUGACAUCGGCAUCUCCGGCGGAGUCACAUCGAUGGACUCUUUCCUUAUUCGAUUCUUCCCAUCAGUGUACCGCCAACAGAAGGAAAGAUUAUCUACUAAUGAGUAUUGCAAAUUCAAUAGCAAUCUCCUUACCCUUUUCACGUCGUCCCUAUAUCUGGCGGCCCUUGUCGCAUCCUUCUUCGCCUCGACUGUGACAAGAGCGUUCGGUCGCAAAUGGUCCAUGUUCGGCGGCGGCCUCAUCUUCCUUAUCGGCGCAACCCUCAACGGUGCGGCAGUGAACUUGCUGAUGCUAAUCCUCGGCCGCAUCCUCCUCGGCAUCGGCGUCGGUUUCGCCAACCAAUCAGUGCCUGUCUACCUUUCGGAGAUGGCUCCAGCUAGGCUCCGCGGCAUGCUCAAUAUUGGCUUCCAGAUGAUGAUCACAAUUGGCAUCCUCGCCGCAAAUCUCAUCAACUUCUGGAUGGCCCAGAUCAAAGGGGGAUGGAGCUGGCGCGUGAGCCUUGCGCUUGCUUCCGUGCCCGGCGCCAUUAUCGCGAUUGGCGCAUUGGCUCUCCCUGAGACCCCAAACUCUCUAAUUGAACGCGGGCAUGAGGAGGCGGCCAAGGCCAUGCUCCGCAAAGUGCGUGGCACUGAUCAAAUACAUGAGGAAUUCCAUGAUCUUGUAAUCGCCAGUAACGACUCCAAGGCGGUGAAGCAUCCAUGGAAAAAGAUCACAGAGCGUAGGUAUCGACCACAACUAACAAUGGCAAUACUUAUCCCUUUUUUUCAACAGAUCACAGGCAUAAACGCGAUCAUGUUCUAUGCUCCUGUGCUCUUCAAAACCAUAGGCUUCGGAGACCAGGCUUCCCUCAUAUCUUCUGUUAUCACCGGCUUGGUGAACUUGGUUGCCACAUCUGUGUCGAUUGUAUCAGUAGACAAGUUGGGGCGACGUGCUCUGCUUUUAGAAGGCGGCGUUCAAAUGUUUAUCAGCCAGGUAAUUGUGGGAAUGCUCAUCGGAAUUAAGUUCGGAGUGACCGGAGCACACACGGAGUUGUCAAGAAGCUACGCCGGGUUGGUGGUAGCAUUCAUUUGCAUCUAUGUGGCCGCUUUUGCUUGGUCUUGGGGGCCGCUCGGGUGGCUUGUGCCGUCGGAGAUCUUCCCGUUGGAGAUUAGGUCGGCGGGCCAGAGCAUCAACGUAUCGAUGAACAUGUUUUUCACAUUCAUCAUAGCUCAGUUGUUCCUCAAGAUGCUCUGUCUGAUGAAAUUCGAACUUUUUUUCUUCUUUGCUGGCUGGGUUAUGAUAAUGACAGUAUUUGUGGCGUUUUUCUUGCCGGAGACGAAGAACGUUCCGAUUGAGGAGAUGGAAUUCGUGUGGAAGAAGCAUUGGUUUUGGGGCAAGUUCAUCCCUGAUAAAGCUUUGCACGUUGCCGCAUAAUUAAGCAUAUACGCCAUCCAAUCUUUUAUUUUAUGGUUGUCCAAAAGUUUUUUUUUUUCAAUUAUUUUGUGGUUGAUUUAAACAAUCACACAAUCUAAUUCUUUUAUUCUCUUCU